AUGUAUUCGAUUUCGGAAGAUGUCAAUGGCAAUAAAGAUAAUAAAGAUAAAGAUGCUGGAGAUAACUUGUUAGCAAGCAUCCAGAAAAAGAUAGCAGAUGCGUUUGACAUUUUUGAUCAUGAGUCAAAUAAAACUGUUGAUGUUCGAGAGGUGGGGACAAUUAUCAGGUCCCUUAACUGCUGUCCCAGUGAAGCUGAACUUCAUGACAUGCUUGCUGAGGUCGAAGAGGAAGAGUCAACUGGGUAUGUCCGGUUUGAUAAAUUCUUGCCUAUGAUGACUAAAGUUCUGGUGGAACGAAGAUAUAAAGCUGCAACUGAAGAUGAAUUAGUAAAAGCAUUCCAGGUGUUGGACAUAGAUGGGAAGGGUUUUUUAACAGCAGAAGAGCUGACAAAGUACAUGACAGAAGAAGGAGAACCUUUCACACAAGAGGAAUUAGAAGAAAUGCUUUCUGCAGCUGUUGAUCCUGACAAGAAGACCAUUUUAUUCAAAGAUUAUUCUUCUGUGAUGGCCGUGGAAGAAGUGUGGUGA